UGCCACGCCCUCCCUGACCCCUCCCCCACCCCUUGGCCCCGCCCCCUCUCUCCCCAGGCCACGCCCAGGGGCUUCAAGAGGAAGAUUGCCGUGCUCUCCAGGGGCAGCCUGGAGCCGGACGGGGGCGGGGCGGCCGCGGGGGGGCCCCGGAGGCGCCGCUGGGGGGCGACGGCGCCCAAGAGACCCUCGCUGAGCAUCAGCACCGAGAGCCUCAAGAGCCUGAUCCCCGAGAUCCGCGCCGGGGGCGGGGCCGAGCCCCCGGAAGGGGGCGGGGACAGCGCCGGGGGGGAGGGGCCGGACGCCGAGGGGGAGGGGCCAGACAAAGGGGGCGUGGCCUCCUCGGGCCCCGCCCCCGGCUCGGCCCCGCCCCCUCUGCUGCUCCCCUCCCCCCACCUGAAGAUCUGCCGCACCGUCACCCAGGUGGUUCCGGCUCCGGGCGAGAACGGCCGGGGGGAGGGGCAGGACGAGGGGGAGGGGCCGGAGAGCGACGAGGGGGGCGUGGCCGGGGGGCGUGGCUGCGACGCCAAGCCCCUCCCCCACCCCGCCCCUCCCCCCGGCCCCGCCCCACAAACGGGAGGGGGAGGGGCCGCGCCGGGCCCCGCCCCUCCCCCCGCGGCGGCCACGCCCACGACGGCGGAGGGGGAGGGGAAAGGAGGCGAGGCCCCGCCCCCGCGGCGGGCGCAGGGCGCCCCCUGGCGGCCGGGGGCGCUGCCGCUGCUGCCGGUGGACGAGCCGGUGCGGGCGGCGCCCCGCCCCUCCCCCCCCCGCCAGCGCCCCUCCCCCAUCGUGCACCUCUGCAACCUGGUGCGGCCGUUCACGCUGGGGCAGCUGAAGGAGCUGCUGGGGCGCACGGGGCGCCUCAAGGACGACGGGUUCUGGAUCGACCGCAUCAAAUCCCACUGCUUCGUCACGUACUGCUCGGUGGAGGAGGCGGUGGCCACGCGGGAGGCGCUGCACGGGGUCAAGUGGCCGCAGUCCAACCCCAAAGUGCUCGCGGCCGACUUCGCCCAGCAGGAGGAGCUCGACUUCCACCGCGGCCUCCUGGCCCCGCCCCCUUCCUCCUCCUCCAGCCCCUCCCCCCUCCAGCCCCGCCCCUUCCCGCCGGCCCCGCCCCUCUGCUCGGCGGAAGGGGGCGGCGCCGGGGCGGGCCCCGCCCCGCGGGGGGCGGAGCCGUGGCAGUGGGCGGAGCGGGAGCGGGAGCGCUGCCGGCGGGAGCGGGCGCGGGAGCAGCGCGAGUGGGACCGCGGCAAGAGCCCCGCCCCCUGCGCCGGGACACGCCCACCCGGGGGCGGGGCCGCGCAGGGACACGCCCCCGCCGGCGCCCCGGGGCCCGCCCCCUGCUCCUCCUCCUCCUCCUCCUCGCGGGAGGGGCGGGGCGGAGCCAGCCGGGCACGCCCACAAGGGGGCGGGGAGAAGGAGAAGGGGCGGGGCCAGAGGGAGGCGCGGCCCGAGAGGAAAGAGAAGCCCCCGGAGGAGCCCCCGGCCAAACUCUUGGACGAUUUGUUCCGGAAGACGAAAGCGGCGCCCUGCAUCUAUUGGCUGCCGCUGACCGACUCCCAGCUGCUGCAGAAGCAGGCGGAGCGCGCGGCGCGGGCGCGGGAGCGCGAGCGGCGCCGGAAGGAGCAGGAAGAGGAGGAGCAACGGCAGCGCCAGGGGGGCGGGGCCAAGGAGGGCGGGGCCAAGGAGGGCGGGGCUUCCUCCGGCCCCGCCCGCUCGUCCGGAGGGGGCGGGGCCAGGGCGCCCCCCGGCGGGUCCCGGAAGCGCCGCAGCCGCAGCCGCAGCCCCCGGCGGCGCUGAGGGCCCCGAAAUCGCCCGAAAUCGCCCCAAAAUCGGCGCCGCCGGAGGGGAAUAAAGGCCGGGAGAAUCCC